CUCAGUCCACAUCUGGCUCCUCCUACGAGACUCCGCCCACAUCUUUACAUGCUGCGAGGACGCCAUGACGAGCAGGAGCGUUUUCAUCCUGGCGUUGGCGGCGCUGUCAGCAGGUGGCGCUGGCUCGCCGAGGGAAGACAGAAGGCGGCGUGCGGUUCUGUCGUCGUCGUGGAGCUCAGCAGGGUUCUGUCACAACGGAGGAACGUCGGUCCCGAGCCUGACGACGGGCCAGCACAUGUUCUGCUUGUGCGCUGAAGGUUUUGAAGGAACCUUCUGUGAAACAGUCACCGGCGCCGACUGCUACAAGGGCGUCGGACUCUAUUACCGAGGAUUUCGGUCCACUUCGGAGAGUGGCCGGACGUGUGAGGACUGGGACUCUGAGUCCAGGGAACGCUUCCUGACCUUGGAUGUCAAAGCCGGCAGACACAACUACUGCAGGAAUCUGCACUUCAAGCGGCAGCCAUGGUGUUACGUGUGGAAAGACCAGCAGCUGCUCUGGGAAUACUGUGACAUUCCUCGAUGUGGCGACGGAUGGGUCAAUCCUGCGACUCCACCCCCCAAGUCCACCGAGGCCCCUGUGAAAGCAGAGUGGGUGUGCGGCCAGCGUUCCCGAAGAAAGCAGAUGAAAAUUGUGGGCGGGGCUGUGGCCUCGGUGGAGUCGCACCCGUGGGUGGCAGCCAUCUUCUGGCGCAGCAAAUCCAAAGAGAAGGUGUUUCGUUGCGGGGGGAGUUUGAUCUCCAGCUGCUGGGUCCUCACUGCCGCUCACUGCUUCCCUGACGGCUCUCAGAAUAGACAGAACCGCUUCCGGGUCAUUCUGGGCAAGAGCUCCCUGAACCAGAGUGACCGGGCCCUGGAACAAACCUUCAGGGUGGAGAAGAUCAUCACACACACCGACUUCGACAACCAGGAGGGGAACUACGACAAUGAUUUGGCGCUCAUCCAGCUCAAGUCCAAGAGAGGUGGUUGUGCGCGGCAGAGUCCCGGCGUCAGGUCCGUCUGCCUUCCUCCGCCGGGACAGAAUCUUCCGCCGGGUUUGGUCUGCGAGAUCGCCGGCUUCGGCAAGGAGAAGCACGGCUUGUGGUACCACUCCCAGAACCUGCGCUCGGCCCAAGUGGAGCUGCUGGCCGACAGCGUGUGUCGUCAAGAUGAUCACUAUGGCAACAAGAUCAGCGACAACAUGUUGUGUGCGGCUCGGCCCGACUGGAGCCAGGACGCCUGCGAGGGGGACUCGGGGGGACCGCUGGCGUGCCAAGUGGACCGCCGCUUCUUCCUCUUCGGAGUCAUCAGUUGGGGCGAAGGAUGCGCCAAGGAGUUGCGUCCUGGCGUCUACACCCGGGUCAGCAACUACAAGCGCUGGAUCCAGGACCACACUCGCCAUACUGGAGACCUCCUCGCCGCUCACUAGUCGGCUUCCUCAUGCAUCGCCAUGGCAACCACCAAAUAUUCACACAUUCAUUCAUACAUAUAUAUAUAUACAUUCUCAUACAUAUAUACAUAUAGCUAUACAUUCAUACCUGUAUAUAUUCAUACAUUCGCAUAUCAAUACAUUUGUAAAUUAAUACAUUCAUAAAUUCAUGUAUCCAUACAUUCAUAUAUUCAUACAUUCAUAUAUUCAUAUUUCCAUACAUCAAUACCUUCAUACAUUCAUAUACAAAUACAUUCACAUAUUCAUACAUUCAUACAUCAAUACAGUAUUCCUAGAUUCAUAUGUACAUACAUUCAUAUAUACACACAUAUAUUCACACAGUCAUAUGUUCAUACAUUCGUAAAUGAAUACAUUCAUCCUCUGCUUGGUUUUGUGGGUUCUGUCUUUGAGGUCCAAUAAAGAGGAUUUUUCUUCA